GUAAUUAGACCUAAUUUCUUAUUUCUUCUAGGAUGGCACAUUGCGUUCUUUUACCAUUACUGUGACUUGUAAUUGAAUCAACCUUAAUUAUCACUCACUAACGUGCUGGAUCGGUGGCUGGACAAUCCACACGUCGAAUCAUUUUAUGGUCCUCCAGAUUUUCUCGACCUCAAGCGAUUGUUAUUUGUUGUUUCACAAUGGCUUCGUGUGUUUGCACCAAAAUUUCAGCCAAUCCGUCGGAAGUAUUCAAAAUCAAGAGAGUUUUCUCAGAGCCAAAUUAUCAUGAAGGCUAGAGCUUUUAUCCAAUCAAUGGGACAAUCAUAUCAGUUAAGUCUAGCUCAAGCCUUGGAGGAAGUCUGCUCCAAAGCCAACAUUGUUUCGGAUAGGUUUUACCUCCUAGCUGGACUCUUCAAGGAAUCGAAUUGUGAUAUAGGUGCAUCGGAAGUUAGUACAGAAUCACAACUACGAAUAUCGUUGGGGGAAGGAUCUAUGUGUCAACUCUCCCCCAGGCAUAUUGCGGAACAGUUUACCUUGUAUGACGCGGUACGAAAAAUAUCAAAAUUACACUAA